AUGGAUAUCGCAAUUCCCCUUCACACUGGGCCUUUGGACUCAGAGAUAUCUGUAGAACGAACAAGUCCUUUACAAGUUCAGGUGAAGAACUUGGUGUCUCCACAGAGAGUAUUUGCAGACCCGGAGCUGAUGGGAGAGUGUCCCAAAGAUUUGUCAGUCCUAUCUCUUGUCAUGCAUCUCGGGGUCACGGUGAACGAGGACAAGCGCAAAGGCCCACCAUUCGAAAUCGUGACGACGCCAAAAGGUGGAAACACUCCUGCCGGCAAUACACACUCUAGUGCGAAAUCAACUCCAGCUGACAUUGAACGACACCAUUACUGCAUUAUUCUCUAUGGUUGUACAAACAAAACCUACUCCUGCAUCGGUAAUAACGGGGCAACCUAUGAGACUCUCCUUCGAAGGUUGAUCCCAUUACAUGACUACCCAAGAACUCAUAAACCCGAAUUUGUUAAAGCAGUGAAAGCAUUGAAACAUUCUCUGUAUACACAGAACCAGGAUUGGUAG